AUGACCCGAUUGCGGUCUUGGUACGUGAUGGCGGUAUCGAGCCUUCAGUCAGUCGACUGCGUAAAAUCGGCCGAGGCUCGUCCUGUGGGAAGUCCACAACUCCCACGUGCAGCCAUCAACGAAAUCCACUCCUCCGAACAGUCGGGGGUCCCACUGAACACCUCAUGGACGUUCUGGCUUGAUAAGUCUAUCCCAGGCUCCUCAGCUGCUCAGUAUGAAGCUAGUAUACGCAAACUUUACACAGUCAGUACCGUGCAGGGUUUCUGGAGUGUUUAUAACAAUAUCCCAGAAGUCAGCAACUUGAAUGUUCGAUACACGUACCACUUAAUGAGGAACGAACGCAGACCAGUCUGGGAAGACAAAGCAAAUUGCAAGGGAGGGUGCUGGAGACUGAAAUGUUCCAAACUUGACUCUCCUGCGGUAUGGAAAGAACUAUUAUUGGCUGCCAUUGGUGAACAACUGACUGACUGCAUGGCAGAAGGAGAUGAGGUUGGAGGAAUCAGUAUUAGUAUACGAGAGCGAGAUGACCUCAUAGAAAUCUGGAACUCAAGGUCAGACCUUCAUGAACAAUCGACUGUGAUAGACAAAGUCAAAGACCUUCUCCAAGAAGUCAACUUCUCCGCCAUAUUUUACAAAGCUUUCUACACUCACCAGGCUUUUGAGUCUGAGAAACUCCCCAAGUCCUACAAGCGUUGAUAUUCCAGGACAAUAGAUGAACAAAACUGUGAUUGUGGAUUUUUUGUGUCCAGAAAAUAGGUCACAUUGUGGAAAAGUCCCAAGUAGAAAUCCUUAAAACAGCAUAAAUGGCAAAAAUAUGGAGGAGAGAAUUUUACAAUGAAACCUGUCUAAGUCAAAAAGAAGUUUAAAGACUGAGAAUUGUUUGAAGUUUGAUAAUUGCAGGGUAAAGUGUAUAUUGGAAUAGUAAGGUGUUAUCAAGGGUUAUGAAGGGCAGGUUUUACUGUAUAAGCCACUUUAUAUAAAGUGUUUUUAUUUGUAAACACUAAAAGCUUUAUUUUGGUUUUUGUUUGGUUUUAAAAUGCUUUUAAUUGCCCCUGCUUUAUCUGUCAUGUGAUAUUUAUGAGGCAAAAAAAAAAAAUCAAAAGUUUGGAUACAGAAAGAUAUUCAUAGCCUUGAAUUAAGAUUUUCUUGGUUUAUAUUUUAAAGACAAGAACUAUAUUGUUACAAUUGUGUAUAAGAUAAAGAAUUGAGGUACAAUGAAUUCCAUGUGUAUUUGACAGUGUAUAUUCAUGUUUGUAGUGAUAUGUAUUUUUUCUUUAAUUUGGGAUAGGUUAAACAUUAUAGCAUUUAGUAUAUGUUGUAAACUUAUCUCUUGCCAAACCUCAGAAAAUCCAUGUUUUACUCUGGCAACAAAGUUGCAAGGAUCCAAAUGUAUACCUUUUCAUUUUAUAUAGAGAACGGGCAGAUCUUUAGCUUUUUUGAAAUGGUCAAAUGAGUCAGCUAGAACUUUGCAAGAUCCAAAUAUUGAGAACAGUUUUAUUGAAUAUUGAGGUAAAUAAAAAUGUAUUUGCAUUCAUAUAUUGGAAUACUUUAGAUGUAAAAUUUUGAAGUAUGCAUCAAAUUAACUGAUAUGCAUAUAUUGUAGAUAUGUAUUAUCCUAUGUACCAGACACAAAUAUAGGGUACUUAAAAAUGUAACUCAGAUUGCCAAGCCCUAGAGUACCCAUUAGUUAUCAAAGAUUUUAACACAGAAGCAGAGGUUUUUGAUUUUAUUUUUGACGAGAGUAAUACUGGAUUUGCCACAGUAGAUAGAAUUAGAGAUAGCAUAUGUUGUUUUAAAUUGUUGUUUUAUUAUGAGUCAUGCCCUGCAUACACUAAUUUAACAAAUUCUGAUCAAAAGUAUAUGUACUUUGGUGGCUGCAAAGCAUUUGUUAUUGUAUUUACAAAACAUCAUCUGGUGUAUUGUCCUAUUGAGAUGGUGUAAUGAUAUUUUGGUUUAUUUAUCUAUAUAUCCAAGUAUAUAUACAAUGUACCACAUUUUGUUGAAAGUGUGAAAAAAUGCAUUUUUUAAUGUUUCAAUAAAGAAACAGUUUUUUCUGUUGUGUGUAAAAAAAAGAUGGAACUAAAGAAUCAAACUUUUUACUUAAAUUGUGAACAAGGCAUCAACAUUUAAAAAAUGUUUCCCAAACUUUGAAUAAAUAGCAUACAGGAAUUGAAAUCAUACCCUUUAUUUGACAAAACCUUUAUCAUUUUAUCUACAUAUUAUGGUAAAAGUGUAAUACAAAUGCAUAGGAACAGGCUUAUUUUAUUUUAUUUUUUCAAUUUCUUGUAUAUAUGAUCAAAGGUAUUUUUCAGCAAAUAUUGAAUGUUAUGGUUUUAUUUGUACUGUGCACAUGUUUUUAAAUGUUAAAGGGGCAUAGUCACGAUUUUGGUCAAAUUCUGUUUUUCUGUUUUUAUUAUUUACAAUGCUUUUGGAAUGCAUUUCUAAUGAUCAAAUUAGAUUUGAGAGUCAUUUGUAGAGUUAUUAGCAAGAUACAGGACUCACAAUUUGUUGUCAGGUAAACAAGGCUCGUGCCCUGUUUUUGUUUACAUAUGUUCAAUAUAGCAGUAAAAAUCUUUUUCAAGCUGAUUUGUCUAUAUUUUCUUAUUCAUUUUAAGCAUAAAUAAACAGUUUCUAAUCUUUAACACAUUCAUUUUAGGUCUAAAACUGGAAUUCUCACUUCACCAUUCAAAAUAUAAACAAACGCUGUGUUUACAUAGCAAAGAAUUUCAAGCUCUGUAACUCGCUUAUAUCUCUACGAAUGGCACUUAAACUUUUGGUUGAGAAUUAAAAAUGCCUCAAUGAAGCACUGUAAACAUUAAAAUCAGAAAAAUAAUUUUUGACCCAAAUCGUGACCAUGCCCCUUUUAACAGACCACAUUGUAACUAGGUACCUUACGAUUUGUUCUUGGUUGAUCCUAGCUUUUCCUAUACAUGAAUGAUUUCAAGGUUACCUAAGUAUUAUCCCCAAUGCAGUGUAAGUUAAGUUUAGAGGAAAUAUUUGAAUCAAACUUAAAUAUAUCCUUAUUUCUUCCAAAGAUGUUUAUACCAAUUAAUGUGAGUUACUUUGCUAGAUUUAAUCUUCCUAGAAAUUGAGUGAAACAUCUUGAUGUGAUGUCAAACAUCAAUCAUUGGUUACUUGAUAUGAUCAGAUUUAUCGUUGCUUUUAGCCUUUAUAUGAAGCCAUAUCAUGGCACAUAAAAAUUGACUGCAUUGAAGAUACUCUAUAUAUCUCAUAUAUAAUCUCAUUCCUUAAAAAAGCAAAUGACUGUACAUUGUUCAAAUUUUUAUUAAGUAAAAUAAGCAAUGUUUCAACAUAUUUUGUUGUUUUGAGAUACAUAUGGAUAACUGCAGUCAUAUUUGAAUUGCAAAAUUGAAUAUUUAUAACAAAAAGUACAUAUUAAUCUUUCUGAAUUAUUAUUAUAUGCAUUUAAUUUGUAACAGCUAGAGUUGUUCUAACAUUUGAACCCUUUAAAUGGCAUUUUUUAAAAGAAUAUUUUUAAUAUUUUGUUUUUACCUGACUUCUUAUAUAAGUUUUUCAGUUGGUAAACUUGAUGUGUUUUUGAAGAUGUUAAAUUGAUCCUACUCUUAAUGUAGGUGUAUAUGUAGCAAUAUGUUUAUUGAUGACAUGAGCUCAGAUCGCUAGGGAUUUGUGAGCUGUCUUAAUAGAUCUCAAAUUGGAAUUGUAGAUAGGUCAUAUAAUUUAAUUUUCUGUGGGGCUUGGUUUUACCCUGUUAUAAAAUUAAGUACUUAAUCAAGUUUGACACUGCACUUUUUAUACAAUAUCUCAUCUGUUAAAUUACUGGAAAUGGUGUCGUUUUUGUAAUAAAAAUGAACUUGUGCUUAUACAUGUAUGUAGAAAUUGAUCACUUACUCAAUUCAUGCGUGAUAUUCCUUCACAAUUGAUUUCUUCAUCCUCUAUAGUCUAGAUUACUGUUCUACUACUGGAGAACUCUACUGGCAACUGUUUUCUUUAUAAAUUGUUAAAUUAGAUAGAUUAAUUUUGGAAAUUUUACUUAUGUAAAGUAUGCAAUGCACUUGAUUAAUUAUAAAUAAUUGUUAAUUAAGACAUGUGCCUUUAACAAAUGAAAGAGUUGCCCUGUUUUACUCUGGUCUUCAAUAACUGUCGGAUUCCUGGUUUUAAUAUAGACACAUUUUUCACACAUUUUGUUUUCAUCAGUGGAUAUUUUAAGUGUUAAAAUGUAUACACAAUGAUAAGGGUGAAUAUCUUUUGAUGAAAAGAAGUUGUUUUGUUUUUGUAAAUUAAGUAUGUGAUUUCAGUCAGCAAAGUGAAAAUGUGUAAAAAUGUAAACGUUUGGUGCUUCUCUUGUUAAUUCCUGUAGCGCAGAAUAUUUUGUUUUGUAUUACCUUCUGUAUUUGUUGCAACAAUUUAUAAAAAUAAAAGUUUUAAAGUUUU